AUGUCACGAAGAGGCCCUCAACCAAGCUUCAUCAGUAAAUCAAAGUUCGAUAUACUGGGUGAUGACAUAGAUAAUGAAGAAGAAGAGGAGGAGGAGGAAGUUGAAGAGGUACCAGCUGUUGUUGCUCCCAGCGCCACCGAAGCUCCUGCUGCACCCCUUUCCAAAUCCGCCAGGAAGAGAUUAGCCAGACUAGCUUCCAAAACCGCUGAAAAUGCCAAUGCCGUCGUGGACGCAGCGAAAGAAACCGUCAUCAACGCCGCCGACAGCAUACCUGUACCUAGCACCCAGCAGAAUGGUCAAGCUACUACCUCCGAAUCAGCUCCGACCUCGACAGAAAGAGAGACCGUUACACCUCCAUCAGCUAUGAAAGAGGAGUCCAGAAUCAACGGUGUACAGGAACCUGCGCCCUCAGCCUCGAUACCUUCAGAGAAGAAAGAAGAAGAAGCUUCCAGACCUCUACUUCCAAAUGAGAAAAGUAUUUCUUCAUCCACCUCCGAUAAAUCAUCCUCGGUUCCAUCAAGUACCAAUUUUCAUCCUACUUUACCUGAAACUCUUCCUGGAAAGACUGGCGACAAAUUACCAUCUAACAGGAAGAGAAAGCAGCCUCAGGAUUUCGAACCUUCCGGACCGGGUAAUACGCCUACACCUUCCAGUCCAUCUAAAUUGGGAGUCAAGUUUGAAGAUGGUGUAGCUCCAGGAGAAGGUAAAGAGGGUGAAAAGACUAUUACCCUACCGCCUAAACCUGUGGUGAAGAAGGAUAGGAAUGUCAUUGAGAGAACUACUUGGACGUUCAUCAUGAUUGGUGGUUUCAUUGGACUUCUCUGUAUGGGUCACCCAUAUAUGAUUUUAUUGGUUAUGCUCUGUCAAACUUUGGUUUACAAGGAAGUGACAGCUUUAUUCGAUUUGAGGGAUCACGGAGCCAACAAAGUGGAUGUCGCUCCCGGUGAAAAAGGUGAUAAAUGGAGUAAAACGCUUAACUGGUACUUCUUCGUCGUCUGCAACUACUUCCUAUACGGCGAAUCUAUCAUCUACUACUUCAAGCACAUCGUCUUCGUAGAUGCAUACAUGAUCCCCUUUGCCAGGAAUCAUAGAUUUAUCAGUUUCAUGCUUUACGUCGUCGGCUUUGUCGGCUUCGUCGCUAAUCUGCAACGACAAUACCUUCGUCAACAAUUUGCUCUUUUCUGUUGGGUUCAUAUUUCUCUGUUGCUCAUUGUUGUCUCAAGUCACUUUAUCGUCAACAACAUCCUGGAAGGAUUGGUUUGGUUCUUCGUUCCUGCGUCUUUGGUGAUUUGCAAUGAUGUUAUGGCAUACGUUUGCGGUAAAUUAUUCGGUCGAACUCCACUCAUCAAGCUUUCACCGAAGAAAACAGUCGAGGGAUUCGUUGGCGCCUUCAUCUGUACCCUUCUUUUCGGUCUUGCCUGGGGUACAUUCUUCAUGAGAUUCCCAUAUAUGAUCUGUCCCGCUCGUGAUCUCGGUACCAACGUCCUUUCCCAAGUCACCUGUAGACCUAACCCCGUUUUCGUAUGGAGGGACUUCGAAUUUACCGGUCCAGCCAGACAGAUCCUUUCGACUGUCCUUGGCCACGAACCACCUUCGAUCCCAUAUGCUCCAUUCCAAAUCCACGUUUUGGUCAUGGCUACUUUCGCAUCGCUCGUAGCUCCCUUCGGUGGAUUCUUCGCUUCUGGAUUUAAGAGGGCAUUCAAUAUCAAGGAUUUCGGUCACAGUAUACCUGGACAUGGUGGUAUGACUGACCGAAUGGAUUGCCAGUUCAUGAUGGGUUUGUUCUCAUAUGUCUACUACAGCUCUUUGAUCAGAAUCCAAUAUGUGACAGUGGGAUCUAUAAUGCAAACUGUCGUUACGUCGUUGACACCAGGAGAACAGUUGGAACUGUUAGCUGACUUGAAGAGAUUCUUGGAGGGUCAAGGGGUGAAGGCGUAG